GCGACGUAGAGAUGUUGUCAAAUUGUCUCCUCAAAUUCGGUGUCCUCAGGCCCUUGGGAUGUCAAAUUGGCCAGUUUCGAGGGGCACAUACCCCCGUUGGGAGUCCCCAGAAGGGGUACAAGGUGGUGGUGGUAGGAGGGGGAGCAGGGGGAUGCUCCACAGCAGCGAGAUUGUGUAGACAAGUUGGAAAGGGAAAUGUGGCUGUGAUUGAACCAGCUGAUUACCAUUAUUAUCAGCCAAUGUUCACGCUGGUUGGCAGUGGCAUCAAGAAGCUUGAAAAUACUCAACACCCAAUGAGUGAAGUGCUGCCCUCCAAUUGCGAUUGGGUGAAAGACAAAGUGACGGCAUUUGAUCCUGAAAAUAAUACUGUGACAACACAAGAUGGACAUAAGAUAAAUUAUGACUAUCUUGUGGUUUCUGUAGGCCUGCAGUUAAACUACAAUAAAAUCAAAGGACUUGAGGAGGCGCUUGCAUCAGACCCGAUGGUCGCCUCAAAUUAUUCGCCGAUGUACGUAAAUAAGACGUAUAAUGCCAUGAGGUCAUUUAAAGAAGGCAACGCCAUCUUUACAUUCCCGAACACACCGAUAAAAUGCGCUGGAGCACCACAGAAGAUUAUGUACUUGACAGAGGAGUAUUUGAGAACGAGUGGAAAGCGAGACAAAUCGAAAAUAAUGUUCAACUCGCCAUUAGGUGUUUUAUUCGGCGUCAAGAAAUACGCCGACGCAUUAUGGAAGGUGGUUGAAAAACGUGGAAUCGACAUCAAUCUGAAACAAAACUUGGUUGAAAUUCGAGCCGACAAGAAGGAGGCGGUUUUCGAGAAGUUGGAUUCCGAGUCAAAAGAGAAAGUGACAUACCCGUACGAAAUGAUACACGUGACUCCACCAAUGUCGACACCAGACGUGCUACAGCAGAGCCCUCUGGUGAACGAAGCUGGAUUCGUUACCGUCAACAAAUUAAACAUGCAACACACCAAGUACCCAAAUGUUUUCGGGCUCGGAGACUGUACAGAUAUCCCGACAGCUAAAACUGCAGCGGCCAUAGCUUCCCAGAAUGCAAUUCUUGCCAAUAGCUUCAAAGCAGUGAUGAAUGGACAGAAGCCCACUGGCAAUUACAAUGGCUACACUUCCUGUCCCCUGAUCACAAGCCGGUCCACCUGCAUCCUAGCAGAAUUUGAUUUCGACGGCCAACCCCUUGAAACGUUCCCGAUCGACCAAGGCGUGGAGCGGACAACUAUGUAUCACUUGAAGAAGGAUGUGAUGCCUGAAGUCUAUUGGAAGAUGCUUUUGAACGGACGCUGGGCCGGCCCAGACUUGGCAAGGAAACUAAUGCAUCUUGGGACAGGAAAGUAAAGAGUUACGAUGAAAAGGAUGUAGUUUUAGCCGUGGAGUAUAUACCCGUAAUGUGAUAAAGUUGAAAAGGACAAUUCAAGACUGACUACGUAUGCAAUUUUGGAAAGUUUGAGACAGAAUAUUAUUGAGCUGUACUUAUAUUUUUAUAAGCAUUUCAUGUACAUGUUGAUAUAUCUCUGUAGAAGGGAAUCACUGUACUUCGAGCUCGAGCAUGUGGACUUACCUAGUUAAUAUAACAGGGUAGGUGGUCACUAUAGCAGAGCACAUGAGUACUUGGCCAUUGAUAAUAAUCAUGUAGACUUUGUGGGUUGUUCUACAGAAACGUUCAUUUUAUUUUAUUUUGUUUCUUCCGUUUUGAAAAUCGAUUUUUGCCCUGGGCAUCAUCUCCUUUCACGUGCCACUACAGUUAGGCACCAUUGGGCUUACUGGCCUUGCGACUCUUGUCUUUUCCCAGAUCCAGAGUCCAUGCAGGCUGCAUGUUUUUCAUUUGGUUGGGCCACCCUUUAUUUGGCCUGGUGUAGACACCAGACAAAAGGAACCUCGGUUUUAUGUCUCUCUAUCAACUCCUGAUUUCCUCAGGAUGCCCAACAAGUAUCAAACAAAGAAGACCACAAUAUACUGCCUAUAUAAUUUAUUAGAGGCUGACAUUUACUACAAAACAAGCUUCAAUUAUUCAAUUAAUUACCCUAAUUUCAUUUGAUACUGUAAAAGUCGAUAUAUCACCUUGAUCAGAAGCACAACACUUCAUCCCUAAUGGUGAACAUUCGUCGCAUCUUUUACAUCAUCAAACACAACAAUAUCAUACUUUUCAAGAAGAAAAACACAAUAUCACAUUUGACAUUUCACUACUUGACAAAAACAUGCACCAAAAACAUUCUUCUGACAUUUUAGUUUCAGCCCUAAUAUAGCACCGACUACAAAGAAGUCUUCAAUAGGGUUGACGUAAAUAACAAGGAAACAUAUGACACAUAACAAGCCAAAUAGAAGAGUACACUGCAUUGAAAUUGCCAUUGCUUCCAGCCGAGGGGUCACUCAACCAAUCUGGGCAUGUAUGCUGGCAACCUGGAUCUGGCAAGGGAAGGGUGGCCUCAUGUUAUGGUGCUACCUGCCAAAGUACAUAGAACCUUGGCUGUCGGUUCAUUUUGCCAACAUUUUAGCUACAGCCUUGCAGUGUUUGGUGGUAGUGCUUCGAGUUUGGUGUCAAUUCCUCAAAUGAAAUAAAUAAUAAAAACACAAGUAAAUCUAAAACUGCUGUC